AUGGCUCCCAUUAGAGCAGAUCCAGAGAACAAACUUUUAGCCUACGCAUGCGGCAGCAGCCCCCCGAACAACGCGACCCUCUUGGAGAAAAUUUUGGACGCCGCACUGGCAUCUGUGGUGAAAGAAGUUGCUCCAUCUGGAUUAGCUACAACAGACGAGGAGACAUCUACAGAGACAACAACAGAUUCGAUAUACGUUCUGGCGCAGUGCAGAAAGGAUAAGUCUUCUGCCGAUUGCGUAAACUGCAUUAAAGUUGCACAGAAUCAAAUUCGCAACUGUUCUAGUGUGUCCGCCAAAGCAUUCUACGACAGCUGUUAUCUGCGUUACAAGAAUGUCAAUUUUUUAUGA